GCUCACGGGUCUGCGGCAGUUCGUCCAACCUUCCUUGCUCAGAUCUUCUCGAAUAAAGUUCCUCUGCGUGCGUCUGUGUCCUCCUUCGGGAGCUUUUCAAUCCCAGAAACUAGAGCACCUCAGCAGACUUCUAACGCACUCGAGAAGGUGUGGCUUCGGGACCGGAAGAAGCCUCGGUUGCUAAGGGAACGCCCGGCGCGUAGGCGCCUGCCCCAGCACUGAUGCUCCGUCUGUGGCUCAGACUGCGGUUUCUCCCAGCUACUCGAGGAGGCUUCUUUUUGGACCAUACUUCCAUCCUAUUGGGGCAUAGAGAGGAAGGCUGAGGUGAAUCUGGCCCGGGGCCCUUACAGACGGAUACAGCUGGUUUGUAAAUAUUUGAAUCACAUUAUGGGAUUGCUAGACAAACUUUCAGGUUUGCUUGGCCUGAAGAAGAAGGAGGUUCAUGUUUUGUGCCUUGGACUGGAUAAUAGUGGCAAAACAACCAUCAUUAACAAACUUAAACCUACAAAUGCUCAAUCUCAAGAUAUAGUUCCAACAAUAGGAUUCAGCAUAGAAAAAUUCAAAUCAUCCAGUUUGUCUUUUACAGUGUUUGACAUGUCAGGUCAAGGAAGAUACAGAAAUCUCUGGGAACACUAUUAUAAAGAAGGACAAGCCAUUAUUUUUGUCAUUGAUAGUAGCGAUAGAUUAAGAAUGGUUGUGGCCAAAGAAGAACUUGAUACUCUUCUGAACCAUCCAGAUAUUAAACACCGCCGAAUACCAAUCUUAUUCUUUGCAAACAAAAUGGAUCUUAGAGAUGCAGUGACAUCUGUAAAAGUGUCUCAGUUGCUAUGUUUAGAGAACAUCAAAGAUAAGCCCUGGCAUAUUUGUGCUAGUGAUGCCUUAAAAGGAGAAGGAUUACAAGAAGGCGUAGACUGGCUUCAAGAACAAACAAUACAAUCAGAUCCAGGCUGUGAAGACAUGAAAAAAUAGUGUGUGGAAACCUGGCAAUUUUCCAUUCAAAUGGAAUUAAUCUUAUGGAAAGCCGAAUACUUUAAUUUUUCAAAAAAGAUUUUUGUGCACCUAAGAAUACUUUAUAAUCUUCUGCUUGCAUGUAUGGACUCUGAAGGAGUUUUUAAAAAUAUAGAAGUUCAUUUAUGCUAAUCUGUCCAUUAAUUAUAUGAAAACUAAAUCUUCUCUCAGAAGAGCUCCAUAGAAUUUUCAGCCUCUUGGUAAAAGUCUAAGUUACAAGCCAUCUCAAUAUCCCAUCAUGAUUAAUUAUAUCUUUAAUGUAUUGUAUUUUUUAAAAGUGUCUGUUUUUAAAAUUUAAUUUAUGGUAUAAUCUUACAGGAUGAAUUGUGCUUGUGAAAAAGAACUUUAGGUAUUUAUAAAGAACCAUGUAUAAUUGAUAUACCAAAUUUUUGCUAUAUGUCACCAUCAAUAAAAUACAAAAGGUAAUGUACCAAAUGCCGUGCUUUGUUUACACUGAAAGAAUAAUACUGUGUUAAGAUGAUAUUUGUAAUUUACUGUCAAAGACUUCAAAUUAUUUGAGACCAAAUUUAGCUAGUUUUAUUUAUCCAAUAAAUAUCUUUUGAACAUCUCUACACCAACUAAUCAAGUAUAGUCCAAACCAAUAAGGUAAAUAAGACAUAGUCCUUGCUCUCAGAACUCAGAGUUUAAUGAUGGAGAAUUCGAGAUUCUUUUCAUACAUAGUGUGAUAGUUUGAGGUAUGUACCACAGAAAAAAACAUGUUCUUAAUCUAUGUUCCUAUGGGUGUGAACCCAUUGUAAAAAGGACUUCUUGAAGAUGUUCUUUUCCAUUAAGGUGUGGCCAGUUGAAUGAGGAUGGGUUUAAUCCAGUUGCAGGAGGCGUUAUUAAGAGAAGGCCACAGAAAAAACCCAGAAGUCAGUGGCCACCUGGAAAAGAAAGGAGAGGAGAUAACCAUGUGAUGGGAAAACAAAAGAACUGCAAGAAUUGCCUGCAGCCAGCACCAGAAUGCUACAGUCUUUGGGGAGAAAACAAGCCUUGCCCAUAUCUAGAUUUUUCACUUCUCUUAGCCUCAAAACCAUGAGCCAACACAUUCCUGUUGUUCAAACCAACCAAUUGUGUGGUAUUUGUGAUAGAAGCCCUGGAAAACUAAGACACAUAGUAUCUUCUGAAAUUGAUUUCAUUAGCUGAAAGAAAAUAUUGCAUCUUUAGAUUGGGAUAUAAAAGUGAAUUAAUAUCUGAUUCUUCAAUAAUUAUUACAAAGGGUGCUUCCAAUUUAUUAUACAACUUUGUUAAAGCAGAUGUGAUUCACCAAAUUGUGUUUUUCCUGUGCAUAAACCACUAUAUAAAUGGUCUUUAGAAUUUUAGAUAUAUCUCAGUUACCUACUGUAUGCAUAUUGUAUACUUUUCACAAGUUAACUGGAAACCACUUAUAAUUGUGAACUCUAUUAUACAGUAGGUUUCAUUUUUAAUUAAUUAUUUUAAAACAAUUUAAAAUGCAAUGGUGUCAGUCCUGAAGUAAAAUUGUAUAUAAAGAAAAACUAAUAUAUAGUAUGUAAAAUGAUAAAAACAGAAGGCAGAGUUAAGUAAUAAAGAUGUGUUAUUAUAACUGCAAUAGUGAUAUAUGUAUUACAGAAAUUUAAUUAAAGUCAUUUAAUAGUUAUAGUAAAAGUUCUGUAAUCCAGUUUUUCAGAGUCCACAAAUCUCAGUGAUUUAGGAGUUGGAAAAUUAAGUUGUUCAGAAAAUUCCAGUGGUCCAUCAUCUUAACUCGUUUUCCAGCAUCUCAUAUAUUAUUUUGAAGAGGAUACAAAGUGAGAACCUCAUUAAUCUAGAAUUGCCUCAAAUAUAGAAAAGACAUGAAAACACUGAAUGUAAUUUAACGAAAACUGAUAUUUAGAAGAAAGAUAAAUGCUGACUUUCUUCUUUGCCAUCAUCUCCAGCAUCUAGUUUAUUUUCCAUGAAGUCUAUUCCUACUAAACAUGUUCAUGUAGAUAUUAUGUAGAAGCAAAGUGGGCAAACUAUAGUCACAGGAUGCCUUGUAAAUAAAAGCUGAGAUUAUUGCAUUUGUAUUUAGCAUAUUACACAUACAGUUUAUUGCAUUAAAGCUCAUGCAACUUUUUUCAUGUUUAGAUGUCACUGUUUUAUAAAGUUUAAUUCAUUAAGUCUACAUUUGAAUAUAACACCCUGUAAAAUGUUCAAACCUACUCUGCUUGUGUUUUGCAUUUUAGUAUUUAUAUAAGGCCCAA